AUGUGCGAACGGGGAGAGCCCCUCGGUGAGGGGGAGUUAAGGAAUAACAACCGGCAGGGCGGCGUGCUGACUGACAGCGAUGCCAAUGCCAAUGAUAUUCAGACGGAGGAUGGUGGGAGAACUGGGGAAACUGGCUCUCUGUCCGGGAUGAUGGCGGAAACAGCAGAGCAAGAUAAAGUCAUCAUCUGGGGCACAGACUCUCAGUGUGACGACCCCGAGCUGGCUGAGUUUGAGAUGCUGGAAUGUCAGGAGCUGGAGGCUUAUCUGGUUGAGGACGGGGAAGACUUUGUUGGGCUUGCAGACCGGAAGAAGCUUCAAGAACCGCCCUCAUCGUGCAGAAAAGCAACAGCAGAACAGGCAGCAGAUAAUACGAGCAGGGAAGAGGGGAAGUCAGCUGUGCACGGUGCCAGUGAGCAGGAAUCCUCACAUGUCUCUGAGAGCAGAGAGGCGUCCAGGACGGAGUUAAGCUCUGAAACAGAUGUCUUUGUGUCCUGUCUGUCCACUAUUUCAAGCCUAGCCACUGCUAUGGACACCGCUGGCAGGACGCAGAUGACAGACUCCUGGCACAUGGCCUCGGGUCCUCACUCAACCAUCUCAGAAGACAUGACUCUGGCCUCCCAGAUUUGCCCCACCAUCUCUGAGGGUGGGAAGGCCUCUGACAGAGCUGACCAUCCUUCCCGCUUCUCUAGAAAAAGCACAGUACACCAAAAAGACGUGGACCAGAAUUUGAAUACAACAGUUCACACGGAGGAGGUUGUUUCACAGGCACAAGGGAACAAUGGAGUUUUAUGCAAGGAUGCGGGUGAUGAGCACAGGAAGAACAAUAACCAGAGAAACAGAGCAGGGAACGCCAUUUCGGUGGAUAAUUAUGAUCGUACUGAGCACAAGGGUUCACCCUCCGCAACGAAAUCACACGAAGAAAGCAACACUAAAAUGGAUAAAAGCACACAGGCUGACGAAUCCCCUGGUUUGAACUGCGGGCCACCCAAUACAGGUACAAAGGGGACUCAGUCAUCAAGUGAAGCUAAAGUCAUAAAGAAGCAAGGCUCAUUUGAUAACAGUUUGAAAAAACAAAACUCUUUUGACAAGAGUUUUAAAAAGCAGCCUUCGUUUGAGAACACUUUAAAGAAGCAGCUCUCUUUUGAUAACAGCUUAAAAAAGCAGGGCUCCUUUGAGAACACCAACACCUCCAGCUCUUCAAGUCUGGAGAGGAGGAAGCCAUGGGGAAGCCCCAGUCGACCAGCAACUCCCACGUCCCCGAAAACUACCUCCUGUUCCCCCAAGAGACGUCCUCCCGGUUCUCCAGCCAAAGUCCAGGGCAUCAGGGCGCUGAGCUUGGAGCGCAGUGACUCCCCUCUUAGAGGUUUAACUCAAACCGUCAAGCCACCGGGUAAGACAAAUCUGAGCAGCGGCAUCCCCAAACCUGUCACGCCUCAACAGAAGGAGGCAGAACCGCGGAGGUCUUCUCCCCCGCAGAAACCCAAAAACGUCCGACCAAAAAUCAUCACGUAUGUUCGGAAGAGUGCUCCUGCAAAACCGCAAGUGAAUGAAGCUCCACAUGAAGCCUCUACGCACCCUCCAAGAUUAUCCUCUUACUCCAGCGCGCCAGCCCACAAAGAUCCAAAGGUUGCUCCUCAUCCGAAAUCCACGCCGGUGCUCUGUUCCUCCAACCUGCUGUUUGACAAGUACAGACAGGAAAUGCAGAAAGCAGGCUACUACCCUCCAGGCGUCGCUGCGACUGGGAUGAAACCUCCGGGCAGCGCCGUCCCUCAGCGGCUGGGCGGGAAGUCGGACAGCUUUCAUGAGGAGAUGUCGGAGAAAUAUCUGCAAGAGCAUGUUCCCCAGGAUGGAGGAAGUGUCUACCGCUCACCCAGAGCACUGAGGCCUCAGCUGGGGUUGGGAGCCGUCACCAGGCAGCCUGCAGCCAAGACAAGAGUUCAGUCGACGGGUCAGAGGUCAACCCCGGGCCCGUGCCAAUCUGCUCAGGCAGCCAGAGCGUCCACUGCAGGUCAGGAUCUACCAGGAGAGCAAAAGAGGUCAGGCCCAGAAACAACCCCUAAGAGUCUGCUGCUGAAAUCAGGCCAGUCCGGUCUCCGUCCUCCGGGCUUCUCCGCCCUUCCAGCUGCCCGUCUCGCCGCCUUCGGCUUUGUCCGGAGCUCCAGUGUCUCGUCUGUGUCCAGCAACCAAUCCAACGACAGCAGCCACAGCGAUCCCAGCCGACCUUCUCAGCAUCCCAGCAGCGGCAGUGAUGACACACCUCUGCAAAAAGCCAUGGCACCUCCCAGCAAAGCCCCCUAUGCUCGGCCUCAGCCUCCCAACGCCCCCAGCCUCCAGCGCCGCAGUCUGCCGCCACAGCCCUGCUCCCCGCUCGCCUCUCGGAAAGAUUUGCAGAAGGACACAGAGUCUGCGCUGUCACCAAAGUCCUCCCCUAAAAGAUUUGCAGUGGUUUCGCCCAAGCCCCAGUCCCCGGUUCGUGGUCGACCAGCAGCAAGUCACGCCGCCGUUCGGCCAGAAAGGACGCAGGAGUUGGACCGAGCCCUGAUCCAGCAGCUGCGAGAGCGCUGCGAGCAGCAGGCCCUGCAGCUGCAGAGCCUUCAGGCGGAGCUGAAGAAGGCCUCCCUGUGCCUGGAUGUUUUCAGCAUCACGACCCAGCACUUCUGUCACAAGAGUGAGAGUGCCAUUGUGAAGGAGAGGGAGCUGUCCCUGGAGCUCGCCAGGAUCAGGGAUGAAGUGGGUAAGUGGGGUAAAGCGUGA